CUCGGGCAGAAACCCUAACUUCAUCUGUCUGUGAGUCUCCUCUCAAAACAGCGAGCAGUCGCAGCGGCAGUCGGUAGGAGAAGAUCUACCAUGGAGACGGCGAAGGUCGGUCGAACUGUAAAGGAUGUGUCGCCUCACGAGUUUGUCAAGGCGUACUCAGCCCAUUUGAAACGAUCUGGCAAGGUCGAACUUCCACACUGGACCGAUAUUGUUAAGACUGGACGGUUCAAGGAGCUUGCUCCAUACGACCCAGAUUGGUACUACAUUAGAGCUGCUUCCAUGGCGAGGAAGAUCUACCUUAGACAGGGCAUUGGAGUAGGCGGCUUUCAGAAGAUCUAUGGAGGGCGCAAGAGGAAUGGUAGCAGGCCACCUCAUUUCUGCAAAAGCAGUGGAGCCAUUGCUCGUCACAUCCUCCAGCAACUGGAAAAGAUGAAUAUCGUUGAAGCCAACGAGAAGGGGGGAAGGAGAAUUACUUCACAAGGUCGCCGUGAUCUUGACCAAGUUGCUGGGCGUGUGGUAGUUGUGGCAUAAAUGCUUUACAGGGAACCAGCCGUUCACCAGCUACUAGAAUUUAAAUUUCCUGCAGAUUUUGUUAGGUACUUCUUUCGUGUCAAUCUCGUGUCAAAAACAUAUUUUUAAGAUGAAUGAUUUCCAGUUUCUGUUAUAGGAAUUUAGGAUUUUUACUUGGACCUUUAAAACGUAAUGUGCCACUCAGUUUAUUUGGAUAUAAUAACUGUUAUAAGGUUCUUUGGUUGCAGUUUUGCCAUGAA